AUGAUUCCCCUUGACCGGCACAAGGAACUACAUACUGAAGCAUCAAAAAUCAUAUACAUCUGUGAUGUCAUCAAGCUACUUGGUUUGACUCCCAAGAAAUUCUUCCUUGCUUUCAUCGAACAAAAGGACAUCGAGUUAGCUUCAAGGCGUCGGCUUUGGGCCAUCGAAGGCUGGGAUUCAACUGAAAUCCUGCUAGAUACUAUUGGUAAAUUUGUUUGCUCACAUGUGCGUGCUCGACCUCUCUGGAAUGAAUUCAUCUUGACUCAGGCCAAAAAGGUCCUACAAGUGGAUCGAAAACGCGAUAAGCCUUGUGGAUUAUACUACAAUUCCAAGGAAAUAUCGCCCGAUUUUUUCGCGGGAGAUAACCGAGUCUUGAGGGACAACCAGAUGGUCCACGAGGAGACCCCGUUUCUAUACAAUCUCAUCAAAUCGAAGAUCUUACACCAAUCGAACGAUGAUGCGGACGAUGAUGUGGACAAUACAGAAGACUCAAGUGACGAAGGUGACGAUAUCGAUGCCAACGAUUCCCUGUGUGAUCCAAAGGACGAUGCGAUUGUACCAGAUGGGGAGGCUAGAGUUGCUGCCAAGAUCUUCCGAGCUCAUAUGCUCGAAAACUCAGCCACCUUCCUAGCAUGCGGAGUCUCUGACCGAGUUAGCAAGUAUCUCAAUUACAUCGGCUUAUCGUCCUCUCGAUUAACCUCCCACUCUGCGAUGCGUAAACUUGGACAGACAGCCGAAAAAUCAGUCAUCAAAUGUAUGAAGAUCAAUCAAAAAUACCCCACAAACUUAAGCCCUUUGAUCUGCAUGUGUGAGCGGGGACUUCAACCAGGCUGUACAUGUUAA